UUGUCCGAGCUCCGGCAGCGGCGGCGGCGACGGCGGCGGCAGUGGCGGUCGGUGCUGCGGCAGCGGCGGCGACGGCUCGGCGGGACCGAGGGCGGGAGCGGCCGAGACCAUGGCUGGAGGUAAAGCUGGAAAGGACAGUGGAAAGGCCAAGGCUAAGGCAGUGUCUCGCUCACAGAGAGCUGGGCUACAGUUUCCCGUGGGCCGCAUCCACAGACAUUUGAAGACUCGCACCACAAGCCACGGAAGGGUUGGUGCCACCGCUGCGGUGUACAGCGCCGCGAUUCUGGAGUACCUCACUGCUGAGGUGCUGGAGCUGGCAGGUAAUGCUUCCAAGGAUCUCAAAGUGAAGCGGAUCACUCCACGCCACUUGCAGCUUGCGAUCCGUGGUGAUGAAGAGUUGGAUUCGCUUAUCAAGGCCACCAUAGCUGGGGGUGGUGUGAUCCCUCACAUCCACAAGUCUCUGAUUGGAAAGAAGGGACAGCAGAAAACUGCUUAGAGAGUUGUCUUAACCAACCCUCUUCCUCCCCGUCAUUGUACUGUAACUGGGACAGAAGAAGUAAUGGGGAUAUGUGGAAUUUUUUAAAACAGUUCAGUGGAAAAGCUUAGACAGUUACUGUAGACAUGAUAAACAUUUGUACGUUCUUUGAUAAAAAGUACCUUUUCAUGUGGCA